CCUCGCUGAGUUUCCGGAACAGCGGGAACUGAUGCGGGAGAAGAUUAAGAAGGUUUUAGGGGGGAGCAACCCGCAGUUGGUGACGAAUUCGGACGAUCUAUCAAUGUGAAAAAAAAACCCACCCCAUGUAAAAAAGGGAAUUUGUGUUGCUGGAUUUCUGUACACAAAUGAGCUUUGUAUUGCGGCAUCAAGGGCGUGAAGUCACUUUUAGUGCCUGCUUGGGUAAUAUGCAAAAGGCUAGCAGCUAGGCACGAUAGACAGGUUUGCAGUAGGUAAAAGCGCAUGACAGAUUUGCUCUCGAAGGCAGGAUAUGGCUCCCAUUGGCCUCAUAUGCAAUACAAAGCUGAUUUGUGGUCACAAAUCAGCAUCACGAGUAUGGGGAGGGGGGAUUUUUCGUCGCGAUACGAUCCGCACAGCAGGAGUAAAGAUGGGAAGAAGAGGAAGUCGUUAGUGGAAUCGUUUUAUGCAUUGCAAAAGUAUCGUACUAGUAUAAAUUGCAUUUACAAAUUUUAUCAGAAAGAAAAAUGAAACUUGUAAUGCUAAUUCGGGUAAAAAGGUCGGUUUGUCAUGCAAGAUUGCGAUUAGUACGAGUGCGAUACUUUUGCACAGGAUAUGUUUGACAAUGUUUUCACGAAGAAUUCUGGGACUAGUAGCUCGAACAAGAAAAAGUCGUCCUCGUCUGGCACGACGAGUAGGGACAAAAAUCACAAAAAGGACCACCUCCACAGCGGCGGUCAAAGUAGGAGCAAGGAUAGCAGGGAGAAGGAGACGAGGACGAAGCCAACCACAACAACCUCUAGAACCAGUCCGCUAAACGCGCUUCGCGACAUUUUGAGCCGCUCCCGCAGCCCCGACAGUCCGGAUUCCGGCGCGAGUUACGGGAAGGGCUUGUUUUCGGCAGCAGGAGGUGGAUCAGCGCAGCAGGUCGUGCACAACAAGUUGCUUGCGGAAAAUAUUAAAAGCGAAAAUAAUGUCGAGGUUAUGGUUAAUAUUAAACAGGAGGAGAGGCUGCAGACCAACACACUUGUCACACGACCUGGUCCAGCACCUUUACUGACGGAUCCGUACAGGAUGAACACCUCCCCCAUCAGCCCAAGUGUUUUAGUGCAGCAAGGUGCACCUACACCAGCACCUGUCAGCCCUGAACGAAACAACCAUACCUUUCAAGAACAGCAUUCUGUGUUCACCGAUGCGCCAGUGGUGUCGCCCACUUGCAGUGUCCCCGAGGUCGCGAAUGUGCUACUGUUGGAUAGUACUGGAAAUAAUGCUAAUGCUUCAUCUCCGGAGGACCACAACGACAAGGGCGUUGUAAACAAUUUGCGGCCAACAUCAAAUACUGGGCCGCUCAAAAUCGAAACAGAAGCAACAAGUACUGUACAACUGACUGAAGCAGCAAAUCCCAUCCCUUCCCCGGGCAAUCAAAAAUCUGACAACGACAUUUUUGAAAUCACGGGGGGAACCGAAGCGGCGUUUCAAAACCAAUUGCAGCAGUUGCAAGACAAGCUGCCGGGGAUGUUGGAAAAGAUGGAGAAUGCGAAAAACCAUAAUCCUGUGGGCGCAAAAGGGCUCUUUGGCUCCCUGCAUUUUGAUAAAGGGAACAAGAUCGAAGGGAACAUUUCCGGCAACACGAACGAAGGAGACAGAUCUUCGAGCUCUCAGGAAAACAACUACAGCGGGGUAGAUAAUUUUACGGGCAGAAGCAAGGGCCCAACGAUUUCCAAGGUUAUCAAGGAGAUUCAACACGUGGAUGUGACAGGAACGGGGUUAGGGAUGAACAAAGCAGCAGCCCCGGUUGUAGCGGCUAGCAGUAGAACCACUCCCUCGAGCAACACGAGCAAUACAAAGCCGGCGACCUCUUCUUCUGGCACUAUUGCGAACUCUUUGAUGAAGAAUCUGAUCCCGCGCAUCCCGUCAAAACUCCGCGUGUCUCCGCGGGCUAGCAAGGAGAUUCGAAAGGACGACCAGGAGGACUUUGAAAUAGGCCUGGAGCACGGGGUUUCCGGGGACGCUGCCGUGGUUGACGAUGACAAGCAUCAGCUGGAGGAACAAAUGAACGAGAAAGAGGAUAAUGUUGGCGAUACUACGAAGCUAACGAGUCAGUCUCGCUCCUCGACCAGUAAGGAGUACAGCAACAACGGCGAGGAGUCCGGCACCGGUACCAAGUCCGAGGAGUCCAUAGCGAAAAUCCGGCGCGCGGACUCCGUGGAUUUCGUCAACUUCUAUUUAAACGAAACAACGCAGAUAGGUAUCAAUAGUGGACGACAGCAUGGAGGUCGUGGACAACAUCAUCACGAAGACCAUCGUGCUGCGCGGGGACAUCAUGACGAUCACAUGAAGAUCGAGACAAACGCGGCUGUUUCGCGUCGGUCUUCCGGAGUGUUUUCCACAGGGGAAUUGUCGGUGAGGACGGGCGAAGGGGAUGAAGACGAUAUUUCGUCCCCGGGGACGCCGCGGGUGGUUGCGGAGGACAGAAAAAAGGUGGAAGAUGAUAGAGCACGGAGGAAGGAGGAAGAAUUACUCGGGAAAAUGGAGCAAAUGCUGGAAUCAAAAUUGGAACUGGUGAUGCAGAAACAGAUGGAAGCGCUGUUGCUAGCGCAGGGAAAAAUGAUGCAGACGGCACAGCCGCAGCCACACCUGCAAGAACCCGGGUUUGCUGCACAACAAUUGCACCAGGUGCAGCAACCACCUGAGCGGAACGACAAGCCGGCAAGCAGCUUGGGCGGGAGCAGUGAGCGGAGCCUGAUGGUCAGCGUGCCUAUUCGUGGAAGUCGAGACACAGAGGAUUCUUGAAGUUUUGUCUUUCUCCUAUCUGUACAAAGUUGUUUCUAAAUUUUGCGAUUCUAAAACUAGCACUAGUAGAAGCUCAACAUGAUUCAACAUGCUGUACACACAGUAGGCAUACUAACUUUUUGUUCAAGAGUUUUCAACGGUGGUACUUACUCACAUACAAUACAACAGAGUCAAUAGUACGAAGAUAACCUCAAACAAAGUAUGAAGUAGAAAAAAAGGAAGGUCAAUAAUCAGAAUAGUAGCGUGGUGCAGUUCCACUUCCAUUCCACUACAGUAACAUUUUCAGCAAUAGCAGAAAUAGCAGAAUUUAGGAUGACGAUCACAUCUAGCAGAAUGAAAUACCGAAAUUUGUGAAGUAGAGGUCGGUUACAUCAUUGACGAGAUGAGUAUAAACUUUUUGCUGCAGUAAACUUUUUUGCCUGCAAGAAAGACAUCGCGAUGUUUCGCAUCAUUUUUUAGGGGCUAGAAGGAUAGCGCGUUUCGACAUAGAUACAAUAAUUCCAUCGAGCAGUGCUCAGCAGGUCACGACCCGCUAGCGCUUGCGCUCACGCAACAGCCUUUCUUUACAAAUGUUCGCAAUGAUGCGUCGAGCAGCG